AAUUUUGUUUUACCAAACAAUUCCUAAGCAGAUAAUGGCCACCACUACUAGUCUUUCCGACCACAUUUUCCGGCCCAGCACCAACGUCAGCGUCGGUCCCCGGAGGCUCACCGCCACGAAAACCGCCGGGCUUCCACUCCCUCCUCGCAGAACUUCCAGAGCUGGAACCUUGGCGGCCAAAACUGAUAAAAAAUUCAACUGGGUAGUGAGGCUGAGCUUGGCGGAGCGAAGCCCGCCAAGAUCAACGGUGGACGUGAAACGGCUGGUGGAUUUCUUGUACGAGGACCUUCCGCACCUCUUCGAUGAUCAGGGCAUUGAUCGGACGGCUUACGAUGAACGGGUCAAGUUCAGGGACCCGAUUACGAAACAUGAUUCGAUUAAUGGGUACCUCUUUAAUAUUGCUCUCUUGAAGAAGCUCUUCUCGCCUGAUUUUCAGCUUCACUGGGUCAAACAGACAGGGCCUUUUGAGAUAACCACAAGAUGGACCAUGGUAAUGAGGUUCAUUUUGUUGCCAUGGAAACCAGAGCUGAUUUUCACAGGGACUUCAAUUAUGGGUAUCAAUCCGGAGACCGAGAAGUUCUGCAGCCAUGUGGACUAUUGGGAUUCCAUAGAAAAUAACGACUAUUUCUCUUUAGAGGGACUACGGGAUGUAUUUAAGCAGCUACGGAUUUACAAGACUCCCGACUUAGAAUCUCCCAGAUAUGAGAUCCUGAAGAGGACUGCGAACUAUGAGAUCAGGAAGUAUUCCCCAUUUAUUGUUGUAGAAACAGAUGGGGACAAGCUUUCUGGCUCAACUGGCUUUAAUGCUGUAGCUGGGUAUAUCUUUGGGAAGAACUCCUCAGAGGAGAAAAUACCCAUGACGACCCCUGUCUUCACCCAGACAUUUGACAAUCAAAUGUCUAAAGUCUCCAUCCAGAUAGUUCUUCCAUCUGAGAAAGAAAUAAGCAGUUUGCCAGAUCCUAAUCAAGAAACAGUUAACCUAAGAAAAGUGGAAGGAGGGAUUGCAGCAGUAACAAAGUUCAGUGGGAAGCCUAUAGAGGAUAUUGUUCGUGAAAAAGAGAAAACACUACGUGCUAGUCUUAUGAGGGAUGGACUCAGACCUAAAACGGGUUGUUUGCUUGCUCGCUACAAUGAUCCUGGUCGAACUUGGAGUUUUACGAUGGGGAGAAAAUAUUCUAGCAGUAGGAGUAGCUCUUGACAGAUACUAAAAUUAAGGAAACAGAACAAGUAAAUGACUGUAAGAUAUAUGUGCUUUUAUGUCCAACAACUUCUAAUUAUGCUCAAGCCAUUUAUCUCGGUACAAAACUCUCUCAAAUAGAUAAUAAUCUUGAACCCCAUUUGGCAGCUAGACGACAACAAACUGUAAGUUGAAAAUUUUCCCCUCAUUAAGUUUAAAUUGAAGUAGUACCAUAUCCUGGAUUUCCUCUCUAUCCUUUUAUCUUUUAUAUACUGCUAAUUCAGCAGCAAAAUUGCCCUUUAAAAUCCUAUUUAGAUUUUUAUUUUUAUUUUUGUUCUUCCUUCUUGAUAUGUACAUACCUUAUUGCAUCUUUCAAAGAAGCAAGUUCUGUUUUACUUGCUUUAGUGCGUGUAAUUUCAAUUCUCUUGUCUCUGUCAUGAAAGGUGGUUGUUAUUCUUUGAAAUUUCUACUUAGAUUUGUAAGAAAUUUGUCAUGAUGAUGAUACUGCGAGAUGUUAAAUUCUUCUUGAAAUUCAGUUUCUCCAUUGCCCUUCAGAUUUCCUAUUUCCUUAGUUGCUGAUGUCAUCAUCUUUUUU